GUUCACCCGUCUCUCGUCAAAAUGGUUCUGCAAAUCUCCGCCUCCUCCUUCUUCAUCCUCGUCCUCGCCGUCGCUCUCGCCCCGCCGGCGAAGCCCGACGCCUCGCUGAUCCAGAAGGCGUGCCGGACCACCAAGUACUACGACCUCUGCGUCUCCUCCCUCAUGUCCGACCCCUCCAGCUCCCGCGCCGACCCCAGGGGCCUCGCCUCCAUCGCCCUCGCCGCCGCCCUCGCCAACGCCACCUCCACCUCCUCCUUCCUCUCCUCCCUCGUCCCCGGCUCCGGCGGCGGCGGCGGCGACCCCGCCCUGUCCCGGCUCCUCCGGGGCUGCGCCGACAAGUACGGCCUCGCCCGCGACGCGCUCCAGGCGUCGGCGCGGGACCUGGCGGCGGAGGCCUACGACUACGCCUACAUGCACGUGAUGGCGGCGGAGGACUACCCGCGCGCGUGCCGCGACGCGUUCCGGCGGUCGCCGGGGACGACGUACCCGCCGGAGCUGGCGCGGCGGGAGGACGGGCUGAGGCGCAUCUGCGACGUCGUCCUGGGGAUCAUCGAUUUUCUCGGCUCGUGAUUGAAAUUCGAAAGAGAAAACGGGAAAAAGAAAAAGAGUUCGUGGUGUGUUCACAUGUCUCUGUCUUUCUUCUUCUCUCCACGUGCAUGAAUUUAAGAGAAAAUUAUUUUUUUUUGUUGUUGUUUUUCUUUUUCACUAAUUCAGUCAAUCUCUUUUUUUGUACAUUUCUUUUUAUUAAAA